AUGUUAAAAAUGUUAUUUAAAGUAACAACGACUUUUCUUCUCAUCUUAUCGAUCGCCAUAUUAUUUGUUCCACGAGUAGUUCAUGGCGGUCCGUGCACUGCAGCGUGUGAUGGUGGUACCAAAUCAAUGGAAGCUUUUUGUCGAGGUCUGGCAGCUACAGCACAGAUCAAAGCUCUCUGCUGGGCAGCUUGUUAUGGAUCCAAUGCAGCAUGCAAAGGUUUCUGUUAUGCUCGGGGAUGGAACUAA